UAGUGACGUCGCAAGCGUGCGCGGGAGGGGGGAACGCGGCGGCGGUGAGAUCAGGUGAAAUUUAUUGAGUUGUAGUCGAUGAAUCGCGACGCCUGAGCGUGAGGCUUCGCACACCGGGGGCAAAGGGAAAGAAUAACAGUCGGGCCGACGUCGUCGAGAUGGGCGACAGCGAGCAGAAGGCGUUGCAGCUGGUGGCGGAGGCCGAGAGGAAGCUGUCGUCGUCGAAGGGCUUCUUCGGCGCCCUGUUCGGGAGCUCGUCCAAGGUCGAGGAGGCGGUGGAAUGUUACCAGCGUGCGGCGAACUUGUUCAAGAUGGCAAAGAAGUGGAGCUCGGCGGGGAAGGCGUUCUACGACGCGGCAGAUUUACAUGGGAAGGCGGGCAGUCGUCAUGACGCGGCUAACAAUUACGUCGACGCUGCCAACUGCUUCAAAAAGUCCGAUACGAAUGAGGCAAUCAGCUGCCUGUUGAAGGCCAUCGAGAUCUACACCGACAUGGGCCGAUUCACGAUGGCGGCCAAGCACCAUCAGAGCAUAGCCGAGAUCUACGAGAGCGAGGCGGUCGACUUGGAGCGCGCGGUGCAUCAUUACGAGCAGGCCGCGGACUACUUCCGCGGCGAGGAAAGUAACUCCUCCGCGAACAAGUGUCUUCUGAAAGUCGCGCAGUACGCCGCGCAACUUGAGAAUUACGAUAAAGCCAUUCAGAUCUACGAGCAGGUCGCUUCCGCGUCAUUAGAGAGUUCUUUACUGAAGUACAGCGCCAAGGAGUACUUCUUCCGCGCUGCGCUGUGCCACCUGUGCGUGGACUCGUUGAACGCCCAGCACGCGAUCGAGCGCUAUCAGGAGCAGUAUCCCGCUUUCCAGGACGCCAGAGAAUACAAACUGGUGAAGACGUUGAUAGAGCAUUUGGAGGAUCAGAAUCUAGAAGGUUACACAGAAGCGGUGAAGGAAUACGAUUCAAUUUCAAGAUUGGAUCAGUGGUACACGACAGUAUUGUUACGUAUAAAAAAGCAAAUUAACGAUAAUCCGGAUCUACGCUGAUCAGUUGUUCCCCAUUUGCGUUAUUUCCCGGCAACGAUAUUAUUCCCAGACCAUGCGUAUUCGUUAUUGAGCCACGCUCUACCCUCAGUGGAAACUAUAAGUAGUUUCGUUUUUAUAUUCGAGUGUAAUAUCGUCCGUAUUGUCAUGGCUCCCUCUCUGCUUUCGGUAAUUUUCCCCAUUGGCCCGUACGUCUUUUAAAUCGUUAAAGAGUAUCCAUGAAAUCACGUGCAGAAUCGCGGUAUGCAAGAAUGUGAGAAACGAUUAUUUCGUACGUCGUAAUCCUCAUAAUUACGUUUUUUUUUUUUCUUAAUAAUGAAAUAGUCUUACCGUCACAUAUAUCGGCGAGUAUGUUGUACUGAGAAUUGUUUGUUGUUGUCAAGUAAUAGCGCCUACAAUCUUUAUUUCCCUUACCUUGUGUACUAUGUAAAUUUCGUCCCCUUUCAAAAAUCGAUACUCUUGUUACGAACCAAGAUUAUUAUAGACUUGAGGAUCAAAAGCCUAAGUAACAAACUACAAAAAGCAUACUGGAGCGAUAAAUUUCUUCUUUCCCAACGUGGUAUAAUUUUACAAGAAACGUUUUUCAAUUAUGUUCUCCUCACUUGUUUAAUAAAGCAAGGAGCGCAAGUGCUGUAUAUUAUUUCAAUGU